UCUCCGGAGUUUUCGAAGCAAAAAGAACACAGCCAGAAGGUCAAUGAGGAACCCAGAGGUACCCACAUCAUUUAAAGAAACACGGAACGUUGGUGAGGAGUUUUAUAGUUAUGCUGCCACACGGGAUCUUGUUGACGGACGCUGCACAAACACUUGCUGUCUAGGGGUGGUCCGAAAUAUUCCCUCGGUGAUUAUAAACACGCCAUGCUGCUGCGUGGAUCUGUGGCAGAACUGCAGUUGCUAUUGCUUCGCCAGAAUCUUCGGCAUCAAGUCGGCCGCCAAGCACAUCACACCCAAGUGCAAGUUCUGCGUCUCUUUAGAAGGAGAAGGCGAGUACAAUACAGAGUCCAUAUUGAUUGAGUUCACCAAGCUGUGGCCGUCCGCCGAUGUCUCUCUUGGUACAGACGAGGAGAUGAACUAUCGCCUCCGUAUUCAGUGGGAAAUGGAACGCUUCCGCUCAAAGACGGACCCCAGAGCCGUUACGAGGCUAGAGAAGGAAAUCCUGGAGUUGUGCACCAAGAACUAUGCCAACCGGCUACAAAUAGUCUGUGACGAAGCGUUAAAUUUCUUUCUGGAUGCCAACAGAAGUUGGUACCGGAAGGGCCUCACCCCUCUUCACAUAGCACUCCUUCACAAUAGCACCGAAGUGGCUAUAAUCUUGAUUGAGCGAUUGGGAAAGGCAUUGCUCUUCAAGGAGAUGGCGGGUAGUUACACAGGAGCCACCGCGUUGCACAUCGCCACGGCAAACGGAAACUUCAAAGCAAUGGAAGCCAUGUUCUACCAUCUGGCUGAGGCCGACAUUCUGAAACUUCUUCGUAAAUGUGCUACCGGGGAGCAGUUCAAGAGGACUUUGGUUCCCGCCGAACUUCCCUUGUCACUUGCUGUGCUGUCUGGCAAUGCUCAACUAGUUCAGCUUCUCAUAGAAAAAGGAGCUCCACUAGAUGGCAGAGAUUCGCAAGACAACACCGUUCUACACACCAUCGUCCUAAUGUCGCAGCAUAAACUCCAAGAAGCAUUGGAGAUGUACGAAGUAAUCCUGAACAAUACCACUCGCUGGUGGUGUAGAAGCGAAGGCGUGGAUAUGACCAGGGCGAAUAGUGUCGCCACAGAAAUUGAAGCGAAGCAUUACCUGUUCCGUUUGGCAAAUAGAGAAGAAUUCACUGCUUUGACUUUGGCAGCCAAGGUCGGUGUCAAGGAAAUGUUUGAGAAAAUUCUCAACACAAACAACAUAUACAGGUUUUCACAGUGGGAAUAUGGCCAUACAACCACAGCAUUUUACGAUGUUACUGAAAUUGAUCCAGUUCUCAGUACGUCUCGAAUGUCUGCGCUGGAACUACUUGUGUACACCAAUAACGAAGAACGCAUAGAAUGCCUUAGUAUUCCGGUAAUUAACCAUUUGCUGCAUAUCAAAUGGCACAACUACAGGAUGUACUACAUAACAUGGGGUAUUUUGCAUCUAAUUUACAUGCUGAUACUAUCUCUUCCCGCGUUUGAUCCUUUACUCUUCCAAACGCCGUCCAAUGGAUCUUCGAUUCCAAAUGCUUCGCUUCCCUACAGGAACAAUUCAGCCCAAAUCCAUGAACCUGGAUACAAGAGAAAGUUCCCGUCAGGUGUGUACCUGUUCCUUAUGGUCGGCACUUUCUUAUUCUUCAUAUACAGCCUUACUGGGGCGUUAAAAUGGUCGGUGAGACACAGAGGCAACGCCAUAUUGAAUAUGUGGAAGUUCCUCAGCUGGAAUAAACUCCACGUCAUUCUUCUUCUGUUUUCUGUUUCUAUGCUGUCAUUCCUGACCGAUGCCGUGAAGUCGUUUCAACCUUUAGCUCUUCUUCUUGGAUGGGUGUUCCUAAUUUUCUUCACACGCGGUUUCAGACAGACCAGUUUCUUCUCUGCUAUGAUUCAGCGCAUCAUGCUCGGCGAUUUGCUUCGAUUUCUUAUCAUAUAUCUGAUCCUGACGGCGGGGUUUUCCUCUGCUAUAGGUGUAGCUAUGGAUAAUCAUUUACCUUCCUCGACCUCUUCAGCGAUUGUGUCUGAUGAAAUAGCCGAGUUUGAUGGUUUUGGCACCACCAUGUGGACUUUGUUUAGACUGAUGGUGGGCCUUUCAGAAAUUCAGAUAAUACCAGGGAAUAUCUUCAAAGACACUUCUGCAAGUAACUUUCCUGUUAUUACUUUGCCAGCGUUACUGAUAACGUAUGUGGUGCUUGUAAAUAUUCUCCUCAUGAAUAUGCUCAUCGCCACUAUGACCGACACCUAUACCCACAUCUCAAAAUACAAUGAUCUUAUCUACAAGAAGUUGCGCACGACCGAUAUGAUUUUUCUGGAGCGAAUGUUGCCAGAAGUAAUGCGCAUGCUUGCUGUGGAGGCCACGUAUAAGAUCUGUCGAGUCAUGUCGCCAACUACUCAUCGUAAUCUGUACCUUUUGGAAGUAGAAGUUUGCAAGAAAGAGGACUAGUAUGCACGUUGAAAUGAUCUUUAAACAUUCAUUCAUUGUUUCAAUACAAAUGUGCAUGUGUUUUCCUUCAAGAAUUAAAAACAAUGUAGGCCCUAAUGUGUGAAAGGGGCUAAGAGCCAUUAGAACAUUUUUUGCCUGUGACAGUAAAGCUGUGCCACAAUAUGACCUCCAAAAGAUCCCUGCGAGUUUCAGACUUCUAAACCAGAAUCCAUGCCACCACCAUGCGUGGACUCACUUCAUCCCAUAUGGGCAAAGGCUUAUUAACUUCGUAACUUAUUUUGCCGAGGUUUCCUUUUUGUGAGCUUGGAUACGGGAUAUAUAUGGGUUCCGCGUGAAUUAUUUUAAAGUCUGAUUCGAGCCCAAGCACUACAUUGCCCCAAAACAAGUCUAGAGAGGCAAACCGCAUCCAAACACGCUACUGACUGCGCCGUGACAGAGCCGCCCACCCUCCUUACGUACGAGUUUCCUCUUAUAGUAACCAAUGGGAAUUUUUAAGAUUUAAUUCUGGAAAAAAAUUACUAUAUCUGCUGGGUCUCGAACCAGCGUACCAGCGUCUGUUUGUAUAGGAGACAGCAAAAUUACCAGGGAACCACGCCAGCUUCGUCAAUAUGCAAAGAUCGGAUGGAAACUUUCAACCUUGCCACGGACAGGGCCAGGUUGGAUGUACAUGUGUAUAUCUGCUUUCCCGAUCGAUAAUCCGGGUGCCGCAUUUGUAGAUCAUCCCACGCAACCCCAGUCCCCGACCACGGUUUAUCAUGAACGGUAAAUUUCAUGAUGUUCAGGAAGCCAUGUGUGUUUGAGAACCCGACACGGAACUGGGAGUUUAUUUUAUACUAAGAUUAAUUUUGGCUUUACCCAUGAUAUUAAAGAGGCGUAUUUUAAUUUUAGCGAGACCCUAAGAAGAGAGGGAAAAAACAUUCAAAUGUGUAGUUACUGGUGCGAUUGCCAUAUAAGCAAUUGCAGCAAUGGGAAUUUUGAAUAAAAUAUAUUUAGUUUGAUGACUUCAGAUGCUUUUAUUUUCAUUUUGUUUUGCACCGAGAUAACGUUUGCUUUCACCUUUGACGAUAUACAGCACGAUGAGGUCCACUGCUGUUCACACCUGGGCGGUUUUAGU